AUGGGAGUGCGCGACCUGCACAUCCUCAUUGUGGUGCUCUGCUUCGCCAUCCUUCUCAUACCAGUGGCGCUGCUCAUUUGGGGCAAGAAGGCGAGGCUCGCGACGGCCAAGUCGUACAUGGAGAUGGCGCGCCGCCAGCCAACGCAUCGCGAGUUCUGA